AUGGAUGAUGAGGACUGUGAAAGAAGAAGAAUGGAAUGUUUAGAUGAAAUGUCCAAUCUUGAAAAGCAAUUUACAGACCUUAAAGAUCAACUUUACAAAGAAAGAUUAAGCCAAGUGGAUGCAAAGCUACAAGAGGUCAUAGCUGGAAAAGCACCUGAAUAUUUAGAACCAUUGGCAGCUUUACAAGAAAAUAUGCAAAUCCGAACCAAGGUGGCAGGUAUCUAUAGAGAGCUUUGUCUGGAAUCUGUGAAGAACAAAUAUGAAUGUGAAAUUCAAGCCUCUCGACAGCACUGUGAGAGUGAGAAGCUUCUCUUGUAUGAUACUGUACAAAGUGAACUAGAAGAGAAGAUUAGAAGACUUGAAGAAGACAGACAUAGCAUUGACAUUACCUCAGAAUUAUGGAAUGAUGAGCUCCAGUCCAGGAAGAAAAGGAAGGAUCCAUUUAGCCCAGAUAAGAAGAAACCUGUUGUUGUAUCAGGCCCUUAUAUAGUUUAUAUGUUACAAGACCUUGAUAUACUUGAAGACUGGACAACAAUAAGAAAGGCAAUGGCUACGCUGGGACCACACAGGGUAAAGCCAGAACCACCUGUCAAAUUAGAAAAGCAUCUACAUAGUGCUAGAUCUGAAGAAGGAAGACUCUAUUAUGAUGGCGAGUGGUAUGGACGAGGCCAGACGAUAUGCAUUGAUAAGAAAGAUGAAUGUCCUACAAGUGCCAUAAUUACAACAAUUAACCAUGAUGAAGUUUGGUUUAAAAGACCGGAUGGAAGCAAGUCUAAGCUGUAUAUUUCUCAGCUACAGAAAGGAAAAUAUUCAAUAAAGCAUAACCACAACUGACCACUGCUCCCUGGAUAUGAAACUAUGGUAUUGCCAUGCGUGAUGUGCCAUGGGGUGAAAAUUGUAUUUAAUGGUGUUUUGUAUUCUUUAUGUAUUUACAGCAGUAUCUAAUGUGUGUUGGUCGUGCUGUAUGUAAGCUUCAUAUGGGCGGCCUUCAGAAACCUGAGGAGGGUAAAUCCUGUUAACAGACAUUUUGCCUCUAAAUUGGGUCCAGUGCCUAAGAUAUGAAGUAUGCUCUUCAAGUAUAAUGCUUCAAAACUUAGCAUAUUUGUAAAAUGAAGAAAAAAAUAAUUAUUUUCCCGUUGGUGACCAGUUGGUGUGAAAAAAAUAACCAUAAUUACCAGCAACUCACUUUAUUUUCAGUGGCUGUGUCAUGCUUCACUUGUGAAUGUAAAUUUAGCCUGCUCAGCUGUUGCUUUUGAAUAGAUUGUAACAUGCAUAAGCAUUCUUUUAUCCAAAGUGUACUGAUUUAUUUAAAUUAUUGUCCUCAACAGCUCUACUAGUACCGACUGUGUUAUAUUUUGUAAGGUUUACUAUGUUGCUUGUAAUGAGACAAGGCCUAUAUUUUGAACUAUGUUUUUGAAGAGCACUUUUCUAGUGUAGGACCCUAUUCAUUAGCAGACAAAUCAUUGGUGAUGUUUUUUCUUGAUUGCCAGCAAAAUGUAUGCAUAAGGUAGACAGUGUUGCUCCAACCUGUGUUAUACGUAGCCCACAAAGAACGACUGGGGGGAUGGUUAAAUGCUCUUGCAUGGCCUGCAUGUCUGGUCCACAGUUGUAUGAAGUACGAUGGGUUUUUGUUAGGAAAGGAAAAUAUUUCCCCAGAAGUCAUAUAUCUGGGAGAAUUUACACUGAGUUUUUCAUCAAACUAUUUUCACAAUUUCUGUUCCCUGUUUUAUCUGAUUGUACACCGGAAGUAUUUCAUGCAGCUUAGGAAGCUGAGUGUCUUCUAAAGUCUUGCUCUUUUAGCCACAGAGAAAAGUCCUAAAUCCUUGAUGUGAUGUGCUUGGAGCAUCUAGAAUGAUAGAUGGGAUUGUUGAAGAAUUGUUAACGCCUUGGUUAUGUGCACUUUAAUCUCCACUUACGAUGAUUUCUUCUUGGAGAAAGUAAAGCAUCCAUUUGCUUUAAACGAUCACAACAAAUAUUUUUAUUGUAACAUAUAAAUUAAUCAUCUCUUCUAGUGCAGGGUGGUAAGUUCUUUCCAAAUGCCAAAUCAGUUUCUGCUGAGUAAUGCUUUUCUACAAUUGUAUGACAUUAUAAAUCAAAUGUACAUAAAGUAUCAAUUGACGUGUUGGCUUUUAACAUGAAUAUGAACUGUAUGUAUACAGUUGUUUGAUAAACUUUUUGUAAUUAAAUAUUUGCAUUUUUUAACUUAGUAUAUAAAUAAAUGAUCUGUGGUAGUGGA